UUGUCAGCGUAGACUGCAGGGACCUGCGAGAGGGGUGUCAAAAUAUAAAAAGGGGGAUCUUUUAAUGAUAUGUAUUCAAUGGACAUAAGCAGAUAUAUGACAUUACGUUGAAAGGGUUCCGAAUUCCAUCUAUCCCAGAAGGAGUCUGAAUGGAGUUGUGUGGCCCAAGUAUGAAGGACAUCGGAGGCUCUCUGUGCCAGGUAGAGCAGCUGCCCUACCCCUGUGUCCCCCUGCCUGACCCAGGCAGUGCUGGGUGCCGUAUACAGGCUAAUAGACACCUCCACAACCACCACCUCAACCAUCAGCUCCAGUCCUGGGUGAGCCGGCCAGCCCCAGACCUAACCUCUACUCCAACUCCAACCUCCCGACACAGGGCCAACGGGGUGGUGGGUGCCUGUUGCAGCAGCCCAGAGUGUCCAGCCUCCCGCCUGGAUGAAGUGACUGAUCAGGCCUUGAGAGGGGCAGGGAUGGGGACAGGCAGGGUGCUGGUGACCGGGGGAGCAGGGUAUUUCGGGUUGAGGCUGGGGAGAGCUCUGGUCAGCCAGGGAGUGUCUGUAGUGCUGCUGGAUCUUCACAAGCCACAGUGGGAUACUCCAGAUGGUACUGUCUUCCAUCAGAGCGACAUCCGGGACUAUGAUUCUCUGUAUAAGAUCUGUGAGGGGGUCGACUGUAUAUUCCACACCGCUUCCUAUGGGAUGUCAGGCCCAGAACAGCUGAGGAAAGAGCAAGUGGAGUCGGUCAACGUCGGAGGGACGAACAACGUCAUUAAUGUGUGUGUGGAGAAGGGCAUCACCAGGCUGGUCUACACCAGUACGAUCAACGUGACGUUUGCUGGCAAACCCAUAGAGGAGGGCGACGAGGACUCAUUGCCCUGUGUGCCCCUGGACAUGCACAUAGACCACUACUCCAGGACCAAAUCUAUCUCUGACCAGAUGGUCCUAACAGCCAAUGGACGCUCACUCAAAGGUGGGGGUCUCUUGCGGACCUGUGUCCUGAGACCCUCAGGCAUCUACGGGCCAGAAGAGAGACGACACCUACACAGGGUUAUGGUGAAUGUGGAGCGCCGGUUGUUCAGUUUUAGCUUUGGAAACCGCCAGGCCAAGAUGAACUGGGUCCAUGUGGACAACCUGGUGUUGGCCCACGUCCUGGCUGCUGAAAGCCUCACACCCAAGAGGAACUGUGUGGCUAGUGGACAGGCCUACUUCAUCAACGACGGGGAAUCUGUCAACCUGUUUGAAUGGUUAACACCACUGUUUGAGAAGCUGGGGUAUAGCCGGCCGUUGAUACACUUGCCUGUCUCACUGGUCUAUUCAGCAGCCAUUCUGAUGGAAUGUUUACACCUGGCUCUGAGGCCAAUAGUGGAGAUCCCUCUGCUCUUCACCAGAAAUGAGGUGAGGAACAUUGCAGUGAGCCACACCUUCAAGAUCGAGAAGGCCCGUCGAGACCUGGGCUACUGCCCCAGACGCUACAGCCUGGGGGACUCAGUGGACCAGUACAUGCGGUCCCGACCAUCCCGCUCCAGGCCCUCCCCCCUAGGCCCCUCUCAGACUGUUCCCCUGCUCCUGGUCCUUCUGCUGGUGUUGGGGUUCAGCCUGGCUGUCCUCCUGCAUUGCGCCUGGCUCUGGGAACACUAGGUAGCUACUCUGGCUAAAACUUAAGUAACAGCCCACUAAGACCCAACCUAAAUCUUAACACAGCUAAUACACUCACUAACAUGUUUUAUUUGUUAGCCGCCUUUCUGGACACCUAUGGUCUUGGCCUUACGUCAAGCUAAAAGCAAUGAUAGAAAGCAUGCAUAGUGUACAUCUAGAUACACAUAGAAGACCACAUGAAUAUACCACAUACUGUUGACCUAAUGCUAGCAACUCCGCCCUUCUAUAAUGUUUAUCAUGGUAUAUCAUGUUAUCGUACUCGACUAAGGCUGUAGAUGGAUGAUGAUCAAAUGUGUAGUAUGUAGAAUAUUUGAAAUAAUAUGGUGCUUUGUUCAAACCCUAUUGCCUUCCAUAGGGCGGAGUGUAUCAUAUAUCUGGGUUAAUUUUCUUGAGAAAUAGGUUCUUAUAUUGAAUCAGAGAAUCAUAAUGUGAAUACAGUACAGUGCUUUAAUAUGGUCAUAAACCUAUUGACCAUUCCUUAAACGUAUUUUGAUUCUAUAGCAGUUUUGUGUAGAUGUGUGUAGGUGUCAGUUUAUAUGCAAGUACGUCAUACCAGACUUGCAAAGUAUUAGGCUACUACAUGGUAUGACUUUCUGUGAAAUUAGAAAUUAAACAUUUUAUUGGACUGAAGUGAAAACUGAAGUUUUAGUACAAAGGAUUCCUCUUUGCAUUGAUGUUUAUAUACUGUAUAGAUAUAUACAGUACCAGUCAAACGUUUAGACACACCUACUCAUUCCAGGGUUUUUCUUUAUUUUUACUAUUUUCUACAUUGUAGAAUAAUAGUGAAGACAUCAAAACUAUGAAAUAGCACAUAUGGAGAUCAACCAAAUUGAGAAGACCGCUGUGUCUUUGUGAAAUGCAGAGUAGGUGAACGGAUGAUCUCCGCAUGUGUGGUUCCCACCAUGAAGCAUGGAGGAGGAGGUGUGAUGGUGUGGGGGUGCUUUGCUGGUGACACUGUCUGUGAUUUAUUUAGAAUUUAAUGCACACUUAACCAGCAUGGCUACCACAACAUUCUGCAGCGAUACGCCAUCCCAUCUGGCUUGUGUGUAGUGGGACUAUCAUUUGUUUUUCAACAGAACAAUGACCUAACACACUUCCAGGCUGUGUAAGGGCUAUUUAACCAAUAAGGAGAGUGAUGGAGUGUGGCAUCAGACGACCUGGCCUCCACAAUCCCCCAACCUCAACCAAAUUGAGAUGGUUUGGUUUGGGAUGAGUAGGACCGCAGAGUGUAGGAAAAGCAGCCAAAAGUGCUCAGCUGUUGGAAAAGCAUUCCAGGUGAAGCUGGUUGAGAGAAUGCCAGGAGUGUGCAAAGCUGUCAUCAAGGCAAAGGGUGGUUACUUUGAAGAAUCUAUAAUCUAAAAUAUAUUUUGAUUUGUUUAACACUUUUUUGGUUACUACGUGAUUCCAUAUGUGUUAUUUCAUAGUUUUGAUGUCUUCACUAU